UUCUUGACAACUUUCUUGUGCAAUAACAUUCCGACCGUACACCAAAUUUUCCACACGAAACACACAAAUCACCAAUGCUGUCAUGAAUUGUUACCUUCCUCUUUCGCGGCCUUAUCGUGGCCAGAAUAUACGCCAUUCAAGAUCGUUUUUCAGAUAUGCCAGCCUCAAUCGUUACCCAUCCCCGUCAGCCCACAAAUGGUCACAUCCACCAAGCUCAACCAUCAUUGCAGAUAAUGAGAUAGCAAGACUGGCUAGCAAGCCUCUGCAUACAUUGAGCCUGGGAGAUCUGGUGAAGUGUGGAUUUGGACAUUGCUUGAUAUAUAUAUAAUACAUGCUUACAUGGCUUGCAGACAUGGCCGACCGCCACUAUCUACGGUAGCAUUGUUUUCAUCUGCAAACUUCACCCUCGAUCUCCUUCCGAAUCGUCUUGCGCACCGGAUACAAGCUUUGCGGAACCUGCCUUUCAUAGUCGUCUCCAAUCCGAACAUAUCGAGGAUUUACAACAAUUAUCUCCAUUCCUUGUCAACACUAUUACCAUACAAAACUAUAUCUACGUUGGAAGAUGAGAUAAGAUUCACCGAGGUAUUGGCAGACCUUGUCGAAACACACUCGCACACUAUUCCAACUCUUGCCAAAGGUUUUCUCGAAUGCAGGAAAUAUAUAAGCCCGAUCGAAGUAACGCGAUUUUUGGACGAGCAUCUCCGUGCCCGGAUAGGCACUCGAUUGAUUGCAGAGCAACACAUCGCAUUACAUCUUUCAUCUCAAGCACAUCAAGGAAGCCAUACUGAGCCCGACCCUGGAAGUUCUUCAUCUUAUAUUGGUGUUAUAGAUACAGCUCUUAACCCGGCGUCAAUAGUAAAUUCGUGUGGCAAUUUUGUGUCGGAAAUCUGCGAGCUCAAGUAUGGCGUGCGACCAAGUUGGAUUAUAGAUGGGGAGCCGGAGACAACGUUUGCAUUUGUGCCAGUGCACUUGGAAUAUAUAAUUACUGAAUUGCUGAAAAACGCAUUCCGCGCGACUGUCGAGUCUGGUAGAUCCAAUGAACCAGUAGUCAUAACGAUAGCUGCAGAGCCAGAGCUCUCCGCGGUAAAUGAUUCGCUGAACAAGUUUAGCUCAGGUCUAAUUCUAGAUGACAAUCCUAACUUUUCGAUCAAACCUUUUGAGGAAUCCGCCCCAGGGAUUACGAUUCGUAUUCGAGAUCGAGGAGGUGGAAUUAGCCCAGAGGUAUUACCAAACGUAUGGUCGUAUUCAUUCACGACAUUCUCGGAAGAAGACGAGUUACCCGGACAAAGUCACAACAAUGGGAAUAUGGAUGCAUUGAAUGUUUUGUCAGGUGCUGGAGGGGAGAGUAGCUCGAUCGCUGGAUUAGGAUACGGGCUACCCCUCGGGAGAGCAUAUGCUGAAUACUUUGGGGGUGGCAUUGAAAUUCAGUCACUUUAUGGAUGGGGCUGUGAUGUUUAUCUACGACUCAAAGGACUCGGAAGGCCAAAAAGCUAACGAACCCAUCAUGUGGGUGAAAACAUAUGGCACUGGCGGCAAAUGGACUUUUUCGAGGAUAUAAUUAGAAUUUGCCAUCUUCAGUCAACUGAAACCAUUACCAUUAUCUCACAUCCAAUUAAAUUUUUGAGGUGUGGUAUAGAGUUAUGGAAGCGGAGUUCGCUGACAGGGCUACUGACGUGGAUAAACACCCC